AUGCAAGUAGAUACUAGAAAACCAAAAACAUCAGAUUUUCUCUACAUAUUCUUUGAUUUUGAGACAAGACAAGACGAAUGCCUAUCAGAGUUUGAGCGUGAUAAAAAGGUUCAUAGAGUCAACCUUUGUGUCUCUCAACGGUUCUGCCAUAAAUGUAUUAAUGAGCCGCCUUGUGAAGAAUGUGAAGCUAGGACCCGCAUAUUUUUAGAUGAUCCUGUCCACGGCUUUAUGGACUACGUAUUGGCUCUAAGGAGACAUUAUAAAGAUGUAUGUGUGAUUGCACACAAUGGUCAGGGCUUUGAUUUUCAAUUCGUUCUUAAAUAUGUAUUAGAAAAUACAAAAUUCACUCCUGAACUGAUUAUGCGCGGAUCUAAGAUUGUUCUAAUGAAGUUUGAUAAUUUGCGCUUCAUUGAUUCCCUUAACUAUUUUCCAAUGCCUCUGUCAGCCCUUCCAAAAGCUUUUGAUUUGCCACCUGAGAAGAAGAAAGGUUACUUUCCCCACCUCUUUAAUAGCUUAGCAAACCAGAGCUACAAAGGACCAAUGCCACCUCGAGAAUAUUUCUGCCCUGAUACAAUGUUUGAAAAGACGCAUGAGGACUUUCAGAGAUGGUAUGAUGAGCAGGUAAACAGUAAUUAUACAUUUGAUUUUCAAAAAGAACUGGUGGAAUACUGUAUUUCUGAUGUUGACAUCCUUGCACAGGCCUGCAUUAAAUUUAGGAACCUACUAUUGACCGAGUGCAAUGUAGACCCGUUCUUAGAAGCUGUGACAAUAGCAAGUGCUUGUAAUCUUGCGUUUAGGAGAAAUUUUCUCAAACCAAAUACAAUAGGACUGAUUCCUAAGCAAGGCUAUAGGAUGGGUGACACUCAAUCAUCUAUAGCUCUCCAGUGGUUAGUCUACGAGGAGAUGCAAAGAAAUGUACGAAUACAGCAUGCUGGUAGGGAGAGAGAGACAGUUAUAGAUGGCUAUAAAGUUGAUGGGUUUGAUGGAGAGCGUAUUUAUGAGUUCCACGGGUGCUACUUCCACGGCUGCAAAAAAUGCUUUCCUUUCAAACGUGACGAGCGCCUCCAGGAUGACCCAUCUGACACGCUUAACAAUAGAUACCAAAAGACAAAAGAGAAAAUGGACAGAUUAGCCAACACUUUAUAUGAAGUGAUAGAGAUGUGGGAGUGUGAUUUUCUUGUGUUAAAGAAACAAGAGAAUCUUAGUUAUUUGGAGAACCACCCGGUUUUAAACAAUGUACCGUUGAUUCCACGAGACGCGUUUUAUGGUGGCCGUACAGGAAACACAAAAACCUAUCAUGAGUGUGAGUCUGGUGAGGAAAUAAAAUAUGUAGAUGUUUGUUCGCUGUACCCAUAUGUGUGUAAGUAUGGAAAGUACCCUGUAGGCCAUCCGACGGUAUAUGUUGGAGAUGCAGAAUGCCGGGGAAGAGGAUUGUCUGUAGAGGGUUUGUUGAAAUGUAAAAUCCUUCCUCCAGUAGAUCUAUAUCACCCGGUUCUUCCUUCAAGAAUGCAUGGGAAGCUUAUGUUUGUACUUUGCAGAAAAUGUGGUGAGGAGACAAACCAGGAUACCUGUCAUCACUCUGAUGACGAAAGAGCCUUGGUAGGAACAUGGGUAAUGGAUGAGAUCCGCGUAGCAGUAGAGAACGGAUAUAAUAUUCUACAGUACUAUGAACUCUGGGAAUAUGGUGUUGCAACUUUUGAAAAAGGAGGCCUAUUUACAGAGUUUAUUAAUAAAUUUCUGAAAAUGAAACAAGAAGCAUCAGGAUAUCCAGAAUGGUGUCAAACUGAUGAGGACAAAAAUAGAUAUAUAAGGCAGUACCUUGACCAUGAAGGAAUCAGUUUGGAUCCUUUGAAAAUUGAAAAGAACGGCGGUCUCCGAUCACUAGCAAAAUUAAUGUUGAACAGCUUUUGGGGAAAAUUUGGGGAGAGAGAAAAUCAGACAAAGGCUACUAUUGUGCGAGAUCCUGAGACUCUGUUCAAUAUGUUAAUUAACCCUGCUGUUCAGGUAAAUACUAUUCAGGAAAUCAAUCAAGAUACAUUGUUGGUAAAUUGGCAAAAUAUAGAGGAGGUGGGUGGUUCUUUGCGUAGGGUGAAUGUGGCUAUAGCGGCAUACACGACAGCGCAAGCACGGUUGAAGCUGUACGAGCAUCUUAAGGCUUUAGGAGCACAGGUAAUCUACUACGACACAGACAGUGUUGUAUAUCUUUUAAGCGAUAAUCUACAUAAAGUACCUACUGGUGACUAUUUAGGUGAGAUGACUGAUGAGCUGACUGACUACGGACCAGGUUCAUUUAUUAUUGCUUUUGUCUCUGGAGGUCCUAAGACGCAGGAUGAUAUGAAUCUAAGACAUGUAUACACUGAUCAUGUUAACACUGAUAUGAGCUUUGAUAAGUUCAGAGGGUUGUGUGCUCAAGCGUGGAAGGAAAAUCAUGGGUUUUUGGUAAUAGAUAAGACUCGUGAUAUUAACAAAGGGAGUUCAGUAGCAAAGAUGAGUCGGAAGAAUAAAGACCUUGUGUCGAAAAUUGCCGAACUAGAAGAGGCGGUAAGACGUAAGUUUCGACGAUUUAAAGAUGGUAAUGUUGAAAAUGAAAGAUUACUAGAGCAGCAGUAUAGACCGAUUAUCAGAGAAUUGAAAAAAACUGAGCCUCAAAUAAAAGCUGAACAAAUGUCUGCUGUCAAAGGGGAAGAAGAAGAAGAAGGAGAAGAAGCAAUGGAUUAUGUCAGUGGGGACGAUGAUGAUAAUUACUUUAACCAGUCGUUUAAACCUACUGGCGUUUCGACACCGAACCGGUUGCAUGAUGUUGUGUCUUCACCUGUAGGCUUGGAAACGGCUUCCCGAUAUGUCGACGAACAUUUUGAAAACCCGUUGACGCGGAAAUAUAUGAAACUACUCAUGGCAGAUGCCGGCGGAAAGUCUCGAAUAAUUGAUCAUGAUUAUGGUCCCCGUUACAAUAGUGACGGCAAUAAGUUAAUGAUUGGUGAUAAAGAAUUAGAAUUUGACAGCGACGGGUCAUUGGUUAUAAAUAAUACAAAAUAUCAACCUACAGUCGGCUUAUACGAAUUGUUGUUCAAACGACUACCCGAUGAGGAUCUAUACAAUAGUGAAGACCUACAGACAUACAAGAAUAUAUUAGUAGCAACAAACGCGCACAAAAAACAAUACAGCUUUUACAAGCAAAUAAGAAGGGAUAAUAGUUUGAAAUACAAACACGUCAUUAGAAAAUUAUUUCCCGCUAAACAGGGCCGGGGCAUGACUUGGAAGACUGCUACAUCUCGGGAUAUUGUUCACUGGGACGACCCUAAUGAACUUGUAAGCAGAAUGAAACUACUAACCGCGUCAACUGAGUCUGGAAACACAUCUCAUAGUAAUGAAAUCCUUAAUAUUGUGGAGGAGCUACGUGAAGCUGGGUUUAUAAAAGGGGCGGGCAAUAGUAGAUACAAAUCACUUUUACAAUGGGUGUAG